AAUUUUGUAGCACAAUUCUCCUUCGGAAGUGCAGCCCCACGUUCGCCCUAUCCACCCCCCCAACCCAGAAAAAGAAUUUUAGGACUGUUUUAGGGGAAAUAGCUGUCAUAAAGUGGACCCUUUUUGCCAGCAGCAUUGCAACUGUCUUCUCCGAGUUGUGGGUUGCAGGGGCAUUGAAAUUAAGUGGGAAAGGAGGAAUUGAAGAAGAAUCUUGGCUGGAAAUGAGUGCGACGAGGUUCAUAAAAUGUGUGACGGUCGGCGAUGGAGCUGUCGGGAAAACUUGCAUGCUGAUUUCUUACACCAGCAACACAUUUCCUACGGAUUAUGUUCCAACUGUCUUCGAUAACUUCAGUGCUAAUGUCGUGGUGGAUGGCAGCACCGUCAAUCUAGGAUUGUGGGAUACUGCUGGUCAAGAAGAUUACAAUAGAUUAAGACCCUUAAGCUACCGGGGAGCAGAUGUUUUCCUUCUCGCAUUUUCUCUCAUCAGCAAGGCCAGCUACGAAAAUAUUGCAAAGAAGUGGGUUCCGGAGUUGAGGCAUUACGCCCCAGGUGUUCCAAUAAUACUAGUAGGGACAAAGCUCGAUCUGCGCGAUGAUAAGCAAUUCUUUAUUGAUCAUCCGGGGGCAGUUCCAAUUACUACAGCUCAGGGAGAGGAACUAAAGAAGCUGAUUGGAGCUCCUGUAUACAUUGAGUGCAGUUCAAAAACACAACAGAAUGUUAAGGCAGUAUUCGAUGCAGCUAUUAAGAUUGUGUUGCAACCACCUAAGCAAAAGAAGAAGAAAAAGAAAGGGCAGAGAAGCUGCUCUAUUUUGUAACGUAGGUUCCUCUAUCUGUGUUGUAAGUAGAUGGAGGGAGGCCUUCAAGGUGUGUUGAGCAUAUGACUAAGAAGUAGGUUUCCUUUCAUUGUGUUAUCUAUCUCUUUUCAUUUCCAUGUACUUGCAGAGGAUGAUGUGAUUGUAAUUUCUACCUAGUGUUCAUUAAUAUCCUUGAAUCU